GUCCCUUGUCAGUCAAGACAAACACUACCCUCCUCCUUUUCACGUUUCGUCCAAUGAGCAGGGAUGUUCUCCUUUGUUGUCAAACGUGCACUGACCGCGGAACUGAGCGAUUCGGGGGGACAGGCUAUCAACUUGAGUUUGCUUACCAAUAAGAUGGAGGUAGAGCAGCUCCUCUCUCUCUCAGGCCCGGCGUUGGCCCAGGCCAUAAGCUCUCUGCUGGAGACACCAGGCCUCUAUGUGUUCUCAGACAUCCUUGAGCUGCCCAACGUCAGAGAGCUGGAGACAGGCCCGCACGCACCAGUGUAUCAGCUACUCAACCUCUUCGCCUAUGGAACCUACUGUGACUAUAAAGAGAGGGCAGCCUCUCUCCCAGAGUUGACCCCAGCUCAGAGGAAUAAACUCCGUCACCUCUCCAUCAUCAGUCUGGCAUCCAAUCUCAAGUGCCUGCCCUACUCUCUGCUCCUGCAGCAGCUGGAGCUGAAGAACGUGCGGGAGCUGGAGGACCUGCUGAUUGAGGCGGUCUACUGUGACAUCAUUCAGGGCAAGCUGGACCAGAGGAACCAGCAGGUGGAGGUGGACUGCAGCGUGGGCCGAGACCUGGGGCCCAACGAGCUGCCCAACAUAGCAAACACACUGCAGGAGUGGUGUUCAGGAUGUGAGGCGGUCCUGUGUGGGAUCGAGGAGCAGGUAACCAGAGCCAACCAAUACAGAGAGAGCCAGCUGAAGGUCAAAGUUCAGGUGGAGACAGAGGUGUCAAACCUCCAGAAAACGCUAAAGGCCAGCUCCGCCUCCCCGUCGUCCGGCCCCGCCGCCGCUGGAGCCGCAUCCAAUCAGGAUGCAGACCAGCCGGCCGAGCCACGAGACCCCGCCUCCUCUCAAGAACCACGGCAACCAGGCAAGAAGAGUUCAAAGGUCAAAGGGCUCCGUGGAAGUGGGAAGAUCUGGUCCAAGUCCAACUGAAGGCAGAGAUGCAGAGAGACCCGGAACACCCCCACUGAUCCACUGUCAGAUGGAUGGACAGACACAUAGACCCACACAGACUCAUAGACUGAUAAUGUGACCAAUGCACAGACAACACACUAAGAUUUACACACACAUCCAUGCACGCGCAUACACACACACACACACACACACUGUAUAUGUGUGUAUGUCGGUAUAUAUGUAUAUACAGACACUGAGUCAGACAGACACACUUGCAGUGUCUGACACCCAUUCUGAUAGGUGUGUACACACAACCAGACAGACGGACUAUCUGCACUGUGUAUAUACACAGACCCAAACCCAUUCUAACAUGUACACAGAGACAGACAGAGAGAGACAGACCGAGUAUAAUCUUCUCUGGGCAGAGCUUCGCUGCUGUGUGUAUUAUCAGGAGAAGCAGAGCCACAAGCAGUGAAACUGAAUGUGUGUAUUUGAUGUGUACACUUUUUGUUUGUUUGUAUUUUUUUCUGCUGGGAAUUGAGUUGAGACAUAUAAAAUCAGGAUAUUAAUUGUUGGUAAUAAAUUGAACCCCCUCUAUUCA